AUGAGUGCAUUAAAAGAAACACAAAUAGAUGAUGUCCCUUUUGUUAAUGAAGUUGAAGAUAAGAAAAAUUGGGAAGAAAGGAUAAUGGCAAGUCAUCCAGAAAUUUUACAGUUAGCUGAAGAGACAAGAUUUUUAGAAGGACUUAAAGAUAAUUGGCAAAACACUCAAUUAAAAGAAUAUUCUCUUCCUUCAUUUGCUCGUAAUUUAUCAGAAAGUAGAGUAUUUAAUCUUGACGCUUUACCAGAAGAAGAGGUUAUUGCACUAAUUUGUCAAUAUUUAAAAGAACAAAAAUUACAAGAAACAAGAAUUGCUUUAGUAAAAGAGGUUUUAUCAAAGCAUCCUCAAUAUCAAUUACUUCAACCUGAUUCACCUCAAUUUGUAAAUUAUACAUCUGAUCCAUCAUUAAAAGAUGCCCUUGAAGGAAUGGUUAAAUUAGGAUUAACGGAUGGUGAUAAUUUAUUUGAAAAAUUACCAUUUGAAGAAGAAGAUUUUGCUAAAUUACCAGAUGAAGAAUAUGACCAACACAUUUCUUUCCAUACAUCUACUGACACUGAUAUUCCCAUUACUGAUGAAAAUAUUAUUCCUAAUAAUAAUUGUGAAAUUAUUUUAGAAAAAUGUAGUGAAUAUCCUGAUGGUAUUGAAAUACCUGCAGCUAUGUCAACAAAUCAAUUGAUUUUAUUUACAAUGACCAGUACUGAUGUUUACUUAAAUAAAUUCUUAACUGUAUAUCGUGAUUUUAUUACACCGAUUGAACUCUUAAACAAAUUUAUUCAAAUCAAAGAUCAAACAUGA